AUGGUGGAUCUGUGUCUCCAGGUAUCAAGCGAAAAUAGUUUGGUUUGUCUUCAACAGCACCCAGGUGGCACCAAGAGGAGCGUGCGACAGAGAUACAACUGCUCAAAAGAUGCAGAGAAACGAGCUGCAGUGUUCAGCAGCAAAUUGGGCUAUGACAAAUUUGCCUCUGAUGCUGGCACAAAAACGAACGAAGCAGAGCACGGCACGUGCACAAAGGGGCCAAGCUCCAGGGCCGAGCCCACCCAACCCACAGGAUGCUGCUGGAGGCACAGCAGCCCCAAGCGUCGGCAGAGCCCGGCGCCGCUCGGCGAGAUCAGCACGGCCGCGCCUCCCUCCCCUCGCCCAGCUGUCCGUUCCCGAGGGACCCUCCCCGGAGACCCCCGGCCCUGCCGGUGCUGGGCGGCCCCGCGCAGGGCCCGGCAGCCCCCGCACCGCCGGUCCCGCCGAACCGCCCUGUCCUGCCCUCGCCGGGAGAGCCGGCCCCGCGCUGCUCCCGCACGGUGCCGCGGGCGGGCCGGCCCCGCCCCGCGCAUCCCGCGGUCACCCGGCGGCGGCACCGCACACAAAGCGCCCGCGGCCGCGCUUCCCCCCGCGGGCCGGCGCGACGCGGGCGCGGGCGGUACCUGCGGGGCGCGGGCCGGGCGGAGGCUGUCCCGCUGUCGCCGUCCGUCGCUCCCGCUGUCGCUCCCUCCGCUCAGAGCCGGCGGCGGCGGCGCCCGCUCCGCUCCAUGGCCGCGCGCGCGCCCCGUUCGCCACGGGAAGAAUAGGGGGCCCACCGCGCACGCGCCGCCCGCGCCCGCCCCGCCCCGCCCCGCGCGCCGGCGCGGCGCCGCCCUGCGGGCCCCGGUGCCGCGGUGA